ACGGUGAUUUGCAUAAUUAUAUCUCAAAUUUUUUUUUUAAAUUCCCUUGGUAUCAAAAACUAGAAAUACUAAGUUAUAUAGCGCAGGGACUUGAUAAAAUUCACAAGAAAAAAUUUAUUCAUCGAGAUCUUAAUAGUGGUAAUAUACUUGUUGAUGAUCCAAAUUCAGGGAGAGAUAGAAAAGAGAUAUAUGGAGUGAUUCCAUAUAUUGCGCCAGAAAUAUUUAACAGUUUCGGAAUGAUUAUGUGGGAAAUGACAACUGGCCAAAAGCCCUUUUCUGAUCGUAAUCAUGAUGAAUAUCUUAUUCUUGAUAUUCUUAAUCCUUAUAUUGACUUAAUGGAAAAAUGUUGGGACGCAAAUCUAUUAAACAGACCAAGUGCUAUGAAUAUUAAUGAUUCUAUUUGGAGUAUUCGUAAUAAUAAAGAAAUAAAAUUCCCAGAAAAUAUAAUACAUACACCUACCAAGAAAAUAAAUCCACAAGCAAUAUAUACUAGUAGACCACUAAGUUCUUUAGUUAACACUGCUCUCCGGAUGAAAUUAAACUAUAGUGCUCUUACAA